AAUCUAGUUGAACACAACACUCUGUGAAUCCCUGUCCUAAGGACUCCGGCGCCUCAAAUCUACUUGGGUUGGGCUCUUAGUUUGGUUGGGGAUGAAAUUAUUUUGAUUGGAUUUUCGUUUUUCUGUUUGGCUAGGAUGCCGAUUCCUGAGUAACGCCUCAAAUCUGAAUCCUCCGUAGUCCAUAUCCACACUACUACGAUAAGAUAGAGGAGACUACAGAAGACUCGGCGACGCUGGAAUACCAAAUCAGAGUCCGAAGUGGAAACAAUGGCGGAGGAAACACUCACAGCUCUUAGAUCAUUGAUGGCUUCCCACUCGCCUCCUCUCCACGCCUUGGUUGUUCCUUCUCAAGACAAUCAUCAGAGCGAGUAUGUAUCGGCCAGGGACAAAAGGCGUGAGUUUGUCUCUGGAUUCACAGGAAGCGCUGGGUUGGUGCUUAUAACAAUGGAUGAAGCACUUCUAUGGACGGAUGGAAGGUAUUUUUUGCAGGCAGUGCAGCAGCUUAGUGAUCAAUGGAAGCUCAUGCGAAUGGGAGAAGACCCUAAUGUUGAUAUGUGGAUGGCAAACAAUUUACCCAAGGAGGCAGCCAUAGGAGUCGACACAUGGUGCAUAUCAGUAGAAACUGCCCAUAAGUGGGAAUGUGCCUUUGCAAAGAAACAACAAAAAUUGAUUCAGACAACGAAAAACUUGGUGGAUGAAGUUUGGAAAAGUCGGCCUCCUGCUGAAGUAAAUCCUAUAAUGGUGCAUCCAUUAGAAUUUUCUGGGAGCUCUGUAUCAGAUAAGUUGAAGGAUUUAAGGAGAAAGCUCGUACAGGAGAAAGCUCGUGCUAUCAUAAUCACAGGGCUGGAUGAAGUUGCAUGGCUAUAUAAUAUUCGUGGAACUGAUGUUUCAUAUUCCCCGGUUGUUCAUGCAUUUGCUGCAGUAACAUUAGUCUCAACCUUCCUUUACGUUGACAGAAGAAAAUUAACUUCUGAGGUGAGCUCUUAUAUGUUGGAAAAUGGGAUUGAGGUACGGGAAUAUGGUGAAGUUGGGGAAGGCAUAAGUCUACUGGCUUCUGAUAAGCUCAUUCAUUCCUCCACUUUAUCAAGUGAAGGGACUAAGACAAAUGAAUCUUCUGAUAAGGGAAAUGAAUACAUAUGGGUUGACCCUGGCCAAUGUUGUUUUGCUUUGUACUCCAAACUAAGUGCUGAAAAAGUUCUUCUACAACAAUCACCUAUAGCCCUAGCCAAAGCUCUCAAGAAUCCUAUUGAGAUGGAUGGAUUGAAGAAAGCACAUAUUCGAGAUGGAGCAGCUGUUGUUCAAUAUCUUGUCUGGCUGGAUAAACAGAUGCAAGAGAUUUAUGGAGCAUCUGGAUACUUCGUUGCAGCUGAGACCUGUCGGAAGAAACAGCUGUCUAAUUUUAAACUAACAGAAGUGUCUGCGAGUGAUAAGCUAGAGGAAUUCCGUACCUCAAAAGAGCAUUUUAGAGGCUUGAGCUUUCCCACUAUUUCAUCUGUUGGUUCGAAUGCGGCUAUUAUCCAUUAUUCACCUGCACUGGAGACAUGUGCGGAACUUGAUCCAGAUUGUAUAUACCUCUUUGAUUCUGGAGCCCAGUAUCUGGACGGAACAACUGAUAUAACCCGGACUGUACACUUUGGGAGACCCACACCACAUGAGAAAGCAUGCUAUACUGCGGUUCUCAAAGGGCAUAUUGCAUUGGGAGAUGCUUGCUUUCCAAAUGGGACCAAUGGGAAUACACUUGACGUUCUUGCUAGAACUCCUUUGUGGAAAUAUGGUCUUGACUACAGACAUGGUACUGGUCAUGGCAUUGGAUCUUACUUGAAUGUACAUGAAGGGCCUCAUCAAAUCAGUUUUAGACCAGCAGCAACAAACGUGCCAUUGCAAGCAUCAAUGACAGUUACAGAUGAACCUGGUUAUUAUGAGGAUGGAAAUUUUGGGGUGAGGUUGGAGAAUGUUCUUAUUAUCAAGGAGGCUGAUACUAAAUUCAACUUUGGGAACAAGGGCUACUUAUCUUUUGAGCAUAUAACCUGGGCGCCAUAUCAGAGGAAACUGAUAGAUGUGAGCCUUCUGGUACCUAAAGAGGUUGAGUGGUUGAACGGCUACCAUUCUAAAUGCAAGGAAAUCCUGGCUCCAUAUAUGAAUGAAUCUGAGAUGGCAUGGCUGAGCAAAGCCACUGAACCUAUUGUUGCUUAAAUUGCUACUCCAUUUUAAACAUUUGAUGGUCGUUUGGAAUUAGUUAUAGACAAAACAUCUUUUUAUUGAUAUUUUUUUAUACCAUUCUUGAAGGUGGGAUGAACGAAUAAUACAUGGGUGUUAUUAAAAUAAGCAAAAAGUAGUACAUUUGGCAAUAAAGUUAUUUCCAUUUUUAAUUAAUGUGUAUGAUACGGUUUGUCCUUCUCUGCCUCUGAUCCAUUACAGCAAUGAUGAUUCUGUGCUUAUUUAAUGAAA